GCCUGUCGCUUUAAAUCACUAGAAGUGUACUCUUGUUUUACCUUUUUUUACGCCUUUCUCUUCUUCUUGUUCUUCAACUGUCUCUGUCUGGAUUUAUAUGUGUUGUCAGCACAAAAUAUAUAUUUUAUAAAAGUAUACUUACUACUGAACAGCGGAGCACACACCCCAACACACCCGUGUUUCAUUUAUUAUAGAAUAAAAUUUCGAACCGAGCCAGAAGUAGUCACUUCGUCUUGAGUCUCGUACGUGAGAGUUUGUCCUCACGAAAAUUUAAAUAACGAUUCGUUUUUAUUUAUUUACUAAUUAUUAUUAUUAUUAUUUUGUUUAUUAUUAAAACAAAAUAUUGGUUAUAAAAGUAAGGUUGGUAAAUAGAUACGACGAAAGUCCUUGUCAAUUAAAAUAAUAAAAUCUAAGUGGAUAGCCGAGUGAAUUUCCAUCUGGUUUUAUUCACAUUCACCGAACAAGUGUCGUUAAUAAUCCAGAAUAAUCCUCAUUAUUACUAUUCAUUUAAUUUUAAAAUAGUGCCAUGAUGAAUUACAGUAGUGACAUGUCGACGAAUGUGGAGAAUAACAGAACGCAAAUACGGAGAACAACAUGGAAUGAUGAGCCAGAAUUCAGUAAUGCAAGUAUUCUAAAUAGCAUGGAAAAAUUUGUAAAAGCAGUUAAUGAAAUGGAGGAGACGAUAUUGGUGCCAUCGAGAUUAUUGGAUCUUGCAGUAGGCGAUGCUGGUGAUACAGUAUGCCAAAAAGGCAAGAGUACAAUUAAGGAUACAAUGCCCAAUACGGAUCUCUAUCGACUGUACAACAUUGUCAAUACGCUUAAAUUAGAGCUACUGUGGUCACAAAAGUCCAGUAUUGAGGCUCAGGACGAAGAAAAUGAAGAAGAAGAUAAUAAUAAUCGUCGAGCUGUUAAAUCAAGACCAGCAACUAUUCCAUCGACAGCAACAACAUCCCUCACAGCAAAUUCAACAAAUUCAACAACUUUAACAGGUAUAACACCAUCCAGUGUAACAUCUGUUACAGAUAAAUCCGUCGAGAGUGCUGCUGUAAGACUUGGUCACACACGGUGUCCCAGCACCACCUCAAUGCAAAGCGCAUCCUCAGUGAUAUCAAGUAUAAGCUCAAGUGAUUCUGAUUCGGAUAUGGGAGUGGAAAAUGACUCUGGACUGGAAAGUGAAGAUCAACCUGAUAGAUUUGCUAAUCAAGCUGCUGAUAAUUUCCGCCGUCAUUUACGUGGUCUUCAUCGCAGUAUCAAGCGCAUGACCCAGGCUGCUGAGUAUCUAUCGUUGAGAUAUCAAGCCGAUGUUGGUGGACAAGUUUGAUUUCAGCUCACCCCAACAUUUGUUUAGUAAUAAUAAUAAUAAUAAUAACAACAACAACAACAACAACAACAACAACUAUUUGAUAAAUAACAACUAAAAUAAUUCAUCAAUAAAACUUGUUCAAUUUCUUAUAAAUUCUUCCCUUAUAAAAAUAAUUUAUAUCAUUCCUCGUUAAUAAAUCUAAUUAACUCUAUUAAAAUAUUAUUUACAAUUUGUAAUUUAUUGUGGCGUAUUAUUAUAAUAAAUAUUACAUUAAUCAGUAAUAGUUAUUAAGAAUAAAGUGUCUCAAGUAGGUUGAAAUUUUUUAAAAAAAUAAUUAAAAGGAGAUUUAUAAGUGCUGUUGAUAGACGUAAUUUAUUAGUAGAUAGUUGUCGUGUGUGCUAAUCAACAACAACAACAAGUAGAACAAGUUUAUUGUUUCUAAACAUCAAUUUAUAAUUUAAUUUUUUGUGAGCUGGGUGAAAACGAAUGUUUUAUUAUUUUAAAAGUUGAAAUAAUAUGCGAGUGGAUACGUGCGAUAUUUAUAAUUUUAAUUGAAUGUUAAACAUGAUUCCUCAAUAAAUAAUAAUUAUUAUUAACAGAGUAUUGCCUUGAAAAUUUAAGUAGUAUAUUAGCUAAUGUUUCUAUUAUUAAAUUUUUUUUUUUUUUUUUUUUUUUUUUUUGUUUCUUUCUUUGGAUACAUUAUUUGACAAUAUUGAUAAACUAUAAGAUAAUAGACUUUAAGAAUAACUAUUUUGCAAGGGAUUAUGAUAUAUAUUUGGUUGACAUAAAAUAUUAUUGUGCAUCUCGUGUGAGCUUGCUAAAAAAUAUAUUAUUUUCGCCGGCAAUAGUUGUUUAACCUGCUAUUAUUAUUUACAACUAUUUUUUCUUUUCUUAUUUUGAUAAUUAAUAUAAUUUGGUUAUGAAAGUUAAAUAUAAAAUUGAACAAACUAAAUUUAAAUAAAUUAAAAUCAGUCUAAUUAGUGAUUACUCUUCUGAAAAAUUGUAUACCGAGAGUCGCUCUCAUUUAACGUAAUUUUAAAAAAAUAAUAAUAAAUAAAAAAGUAAUAAUGCGGGUGUCGAUAAUGUAUAUAGAAUUGAAUUCCCUUAUUAUUUAUUUUUUAUUACGAAAAUAUUAUAAAACAAAUGAAAAAAAAAAAGAAAUAACAAUAAUUAAAUACUAUUUAUAACUAAGACGAUUAAUUUUAUCCGUAAAUAAUUAAAUUUAAACAAGUCUAUUAAAAGAACAAAAUUAAAUUAGUUCAAUUAAUUGAUAUAGUAAUUAAUAAAUUAAUUAUAGAAUUAAAUAACGUAAAUAAUAAUAAAUAAUAUUAUUAUUUUAUUUGAAAUUUAUUGCAUUUUUGUAUUUGGCAUGGAAAAAUAAUAGA